UAGAGAUGUAGUGCUAACUUGAUAGAGGUGCUUAACCCGAAAGUUUCUAGGUCUAGUAUCAGUUCUAGUGAUUAGUUUCAGUUUACUUUAAAACUAUUUCUUAUUUUCGGAAUUUUACUAAAUGAUGGAUCAUUGGUUAAGGUGUAAAUUAAAUUUAUCGAUUCACAAUUACAAAUCAAAGUAAAAAUAUUUCAAUGAAUUUCUUCAAUCAACUGUUUAAAUCUAAAGAUAAAAAUGCCAUUCUAAUUAAUCGACGUCGUAAUCAGAGUUAAAAAAAUUUAUUGCGUUUUAAUAAAUUUCAUUGGCAUCAACUUACCACCUGCUUAUCCAAUACCAUUCAAACAACAAAAACAAAUAAAAUAAUCAAACGUAGAUAACAAAAUAAUCAAAGAGGGAAUAAUCCAAACGUUUAACAAUAUUUACUCGGAACAAUAAACAUUAACAUACAUUUUAUUAUUCCUUGCUUUUUAUUAUGCCGGCGAAAGAUUACCGUGAAAAAAUUUCGACUUUACAUCUAAAUAUAAAUUAUCUAAUCAUAAAUAGAUAUACUUGACGGGUUUUUAAGGGGUUUUUGGGUAGAAAAUUAUUUGUUAUUUUACGUUUGGCCAGAUCGGACGUGUUUUUCUUUAGUUUUCCGCGAAAAUGGAAUAUUUGGCUUUUACCUUCAUUUUCAGCUUAUUGUUUCUGUUCGUUGUAAUCAUCGUGUUAAAAAUCUGCGCCAAACUUUAUAUGAUUCAUCAAAGAAGAAAACAAAGAAAUACUAAUCAAGACGAUGAUGUUUGGAACAUCAGUUCGAGAGUAAAUCAACAAAAUCAAGAUGGAACACCACCAAAUUGGCCAACACACGAUCAUCGAUUAAGUAUGGAUUUCGUAAUUACACCGGAAUAUAAUAUUAAAGAUACCAGGCCACCACCUCCUCCUUAUUCAGAACUUGAUUUACCAAGUUAUGAACAAGCAACAGGAUGUCGUCCACCAAGAGCAGAUCUUACACCAGUUCAUCAACAAUCGGAUCAAAAUAGACCAGGUCCAUCGAGUUAAAGAAACUUAAUAUAAAAUAUCCUUCUUAAAUCACUAUUUAAUUGAUAGAAAAGAUAAUCUGGAUCAUUCCGUUUUGAAGCAAACCCAAAAAAUACCAUUUAAGUAUUAUUUAGUUUGCACCGCACUGACGUAUCCAGUAUUCUUUGUGUUUUAAUAAAUUUUAAGAGAAAAACAUUAUAUAAAUUAGAGAAGAAAUUUGAUGUGUACAUAAUGUUUUAAGUUGUACAUAUAUUUUAUAUUCGGCACUGUGAUGUUAGUUAUGUAAGUGAUGUUAAAAGGCUUUUUUUCGUACUUUGUGUUUAAAUAUAUAGACAUAAAACAAAAAUAAAAUAAACUUUAAAGAACCAUAACAAUCGUAUUUAUUAUAAUGUAUCAAUUAAUUAAUCGGUCUGACGUCAAUAAAUUUGUAAAAGUCUUGUAAAUAUAUGUAAAUACUCAAUAAAGAUUUUGAGGAGGCAA